UCGGUUAUUAUGGAUUUGAACAUAGUUAUACUUGCAUUCAUCUCCCUUCUUUACAAGGCAAAUGGAGCAGUGUACGAACUCUCGGUGGCCGAUGAGGAAAUAUUUAGGAGCUGUCCCAAUCCUGAGCCAGGCACCCUUGACAUCCAUGGAUUUUUGGAUUUAUCGGAAUUUUCCACUUCCAUGAAUGCCAAUGGACUGACUGUAAGCGGGAACCAGACUUUGGUGUGGGACAUCCAACGCAAGGAUCGCAUACAGGUGUCCAUUAAACUUCUCUAUUUGGAACGGGGCACGUGGACGUCGACUGUUUUCUCAUUAUUUAUGAGGGAUUUCUGUAAAACCAUGUAUGACAAAAAUCAGAUACUCUAUGAUUCCUGGACGGGGCAUAUCGUAAACGGUGAUAAGGAUAAAUGUGUUAAUGUUCCAGGAACAAAAUUUAUAUUGAAGACCUACGUACUCAGUUUGACCUCCUCAAUUUCCGCCCCACUUCGUGAAGGACGCUACAAGGCGAAUGUAAUGGGUCGAGCGUUUGAUUCCACCGGAACCGAGAGACCCACCCGCAUUUGCUGUGAAAUAGUUGGAGAUGUUUUUAAAAUUAAGAACUAGGUGUAGCUAGAAGUUUAAUUUACUUUUUGCCGAACGCCCAACAUGCAAAGCAAUCCCCGUACUACGAGCCCACAUUUCGAAGAUGUACUAAUUUUACAUUUCAAUAAAUAAUACCUGCGAGCAUAUGGCUACUUACAUAUCCUUUCGCCAA